UCUUUUUUUCUCGGAAAGCUGUAGUUUAAGACUUUAAAAGUCGAGUUUGUUUAAGAAACGAGCAUCGCUUCUCCUGCAUAUUUCCGGUAUCAGCCAAUCCUGCAGAAUCAGCCGGGCCCAGUAUCUCCUCAAAUCAGAUUGCUCUUUCAUGGCUGGCAGAAGGGUCGUGGUCUUCCCCUCCUCCGCGGAGCUCGGUCCGGUGCUGGCCCAACUGGUGACGUCUCGGGCCGAGAAAGCCCUCACCUCUCGUGGCAGGUUCACCCUGGGCCUAUCUGGAGGAAGCCUUGUGUCCAUGCUCAGCAAAGAGCUGCUUGCUCUGCCAGAGCUGGACUGCAGCAAGUGGCUGGUCGGUUUCUGUGACGAGCGAGUGGUUUCCUUCGAUGACCCUGAUAGCACCUACGGGCUGUACAAGAGUCAGUUGUUUUCCAAAGUUAACAUCCCUGACAGUGGGAUCUUAACCAUCGAGUCCUCUCUGCCGGUCAACGAGUGUGCGGAGGAUUAUUCCCGGAAACUGAAGGAGGCCUUCCCAGGUGACGACUUCCCAGUGUUUGACCUGUUACUGCUGGGCAUGGGGCCUGACGGACACACCUGCUCCCUGUUCCCAGAUCACCCUCUCCUAGAGGAAACCAAGAAGAUUGUGGCUCCCAUCAGCGACUCUCCCAAACCACCACCAAAGCGAGUCACUAUGACCUUUCCAGUGGUGAACUCUGCACGCUGUGUGGCUUUUGUAUCAACGGGAGGAAGCAAAGCGCCCAUUUUGAAGGAAGUGCUGGAGGGUAGAGAGGGUCCGGCGCUUCCAGCGGCCCGGGUUGUCCCGACCAACGGCGAUCUGUUCUGGCUUUUUGAUGACCCUGCAGCUGCCUCCUUAACUAUCCAGGUAGAGAGGCUCGGCUCAGGGGCCAAACUCUAGAGCUUUACAUCGGCCAAAUGAAGGCAGGAAGUCAACACUGGUGUGAAAACCUGAUUGAAGGAACUGGAAAAUAAUGCAGAACAUUCCUACUUUCACAUGAAAGUGUAAUAGGUUUACGUGAGAUAAGAUAGGGAGAUGUACAAGGAAGAAAUUGAGGGCACAGUUGUAAUUUUCAGCAUAAGAUUCAGCACUUAUUGGAUAAUGGUUAGCGUGUCAGGUGAGGUUUAGCUUUAUUCUAGUAAAGUCCCACUCUACUCAAACAUGUGUUUUGCUUAUUGUUAGUUCAGUUGGAUAUCUGACCCUCACUGUGCAGAAUAAUGUGCAGAGUUUGACAUUCGAAGCCAGUCAUGACCCAAAUUUUGCCUCGUACAAAAGUGUGAUGAGGAAAGUUGAAACAUGCAGCAAUAUAUAUCAACACAAAACAGUCCACUAAUCUGACAAAGUUAUUAUGUCAAUACUCUGUAAAAGUCUUUAUUCUGAUUGUCUGGGUUUCCUUCACACCCUUUAUAAAAUAUCCAAUAAAGUCCUGAAAAUCAA